AUGGGUCGCGCGGUCAAGCACGCCAAUACCGAGGUGAUAAUCAACAAACCGAUCCAAGAAGUCUGGGAUUUUGUCACCGCUCCCUACAAUUGGGCUUUCAAACUGAAAUUGCAAGCAUGGAGAAUGCAUGGUGCCGGUGGUGAGAAGGAUACACAGUCUGUUUCCCGCACCAUGAAGUUAGGAGAGCGAUUCUUUGAGUACGCAUAUGAAGAGGGCAAGUUUGAUCUCGUCGGCGAAUGGGAAAUUACCAAGUGCGAACCACCCUACGUUUACGGCUUCAAGACGCUCAGGUGGUACGGCCCUCAGCUCGAUACUGGCGUUGACGCAACCUACACGCUUACAAAGAUCGACGAAAAUACCACCAAGUGGAAUCGAGACCGUGAUACCUAUACUCAGGAGGGCAAGUCUGAAGUUGAAUUUCUUGAGGAGGAAGAUAGACUGGAGACGAUGUACCAGACAGCUGUCAAGAACUACCUUGAGACUGGGAAAACCGGCUAUCCUCAACAGGUACCCUUUGACCUGCACCCAGAAGGAUACCUCAAGACACUCAAGGUGACUGAGUGCGUAUAUUAA